AGGGGCUAGCUAAGAUAUCAAGGAUGAAGCUCCUUUUUGUAGCUGCCUUUGCACUCUUUGUGCUCUCUACAUUUGACAAGGCUGACUCUUCAGCUUAUGACAAAAUAGUCGCCCACAGUCGCAUCAGGGCAAGAAAAGAAGGACCCAAUGUCUGCGCGCUGCAGCAAGUCAUGGGGACCAAGAAGAAGUACUUCAGCACCUGUCGUAAUUGGUACCAAGGGGCCAUCUGUGGAAAGAAAGCGACUGUGCUUUAUGAGUGCUGCCCAGGGUACAUGAAGCUGGAGGGCAUGCGUGGUUGCCCUGCAGUGGCUCCAAUUGACAACGUGUAUGGCACCCUGGGUCUCGUGAAGGCCACCUCAACCCAAAAGUACUCUGAACUUUCUGAGCUGAAGCCUGAGAUUGAGGGAUCUGGAUCCUACACCUUCUUUGCCCCCAGCAAUGAGGCCUGGGAGCUUUUGGAUGAAACAGUAAGGAGUGCACUGGUCAGCAAUGUCAACAUUGAACUGUACAACGCUUUACAUUAUCACAUGGCCAACAAACGCCUCUUGACCAAAGAUUUGAAGAAUGGGAUGACAGUCACCUCCAUGUAUAAUGACCUCGGUCUCCUAAUUAACCAUUACCCCAAUGGGGUGGUGACUGUGAACUGCGCUCGGAUUAUCUAUGGCAACCAGGUUGCCACCAAUGGAGUUGUGCAUGUCAUUGACCGUGUCAUCAGUGCUGUUGGAAACACAAUCCGGGAUGUCAUUGAGAUUGAUGAUGACCUGACAACUCUAAGUGAUGUGGCUCAAAACUCUGGACUUCUGGAGAAGCUGGGUCAGCCAGGACAUUACACUCUCUUUGCCCCCACCAACGAAGCUUUUGAGAGUUUGGGCAGCGACGUGUUGGAAAGACUUCAGGGUGACAAGGAAGUCCUCAAAGCUCUUUUGAAUUUCCAUCUCCUGGACUCAGUCCAGUGCUCUGAGGCCAUCAUGACUGGCACCUCUUACGAGACCCUGGAGGGCAACAACAUUGAGAUUGGCUGUGAUGGCGAAAGUCUAACAGUCAACGGUGUCAAGAUGGUGCGCAAGAAGGACAUUGUCACCAUCAAUGGUGUCAUUCACCUUAUUGACAAAGUGCUCAUGCCAGACUCAGCUAAGCAGGUGAUGGAACUGGUGGGAAGCUCCCAGUCAACAUUUGGUGAUUUGGUGUCCGAGCUUGGCCUUUCUGCUGACAUGAGAGCAGACGCUGAUUACACUUUGCUGGCUCCCCUCAACAUUGCCUUCAAUGAUGAAGUGAUGUCCAUGGAUCAGAGCUUGCUCAGGAUUAUCCUGGAGAACCACAUCUUGAAGAGAAAGAUUGUCCUGGGACAGUUGUUCAAUGGCCAGCAGCUGGAGACCAUUGGAGGAAAAAUUCUCAGGGUCUUCAUCUAUCGUACGGCUGUGUGCAUUGAGAAUUCCUGUCUGAUAAGAGGUAGUAAAGAAGGAAGCAACGGGGCCCUUCAUCUCAUGAGGACUCUGUUAAAACCGGCAGAAAAAAAUAUGUUUGAAAUUCUGGUAGAAAAUGGAGGGUUCAAGAUCUUUUUGUCUCUGAUGGAAGCUGCUGGCUUGACUGACCUGCUAAAACAGGAGGGAGACUUUACUCUGUUUGCCCCAAGUGAUAAGGCUUUCGCUGGUUUGAGCGAGAAUGAUUUCAACUUGUUGAAGGGUGACAUAAAUGCUCUCAGAACCAUUCUUCUGUAUCACAUCAAUAAGGGUGUCUUCAUUGGUGGUGGUUUGGAGUCUGGGGUGACAAACCUUCUCAAGUCUCUUCAGGGCAGCAACCUCAAAGUGAUGUCUGCAAACAACACUGUGCAAGUGAAUUCUGUCCGAGUCCCUGAAUCUGAUAUCAUGGCCACAAAUGGAGUCAUUCACUUCGUCAACCAAGUCUUGUAUCCCGGAGAUAUCCCUGUUGGAAGCCAGGAUCUCCUUACACUAUUGAGGAGGUUCAUCACUUACAUGCAAAUUAAGUACAUUCCAGGAUUCAGAUAUCAGGAGAUUCCCCUUACAUUUAUGAAGACGAUCAUCACUCGUGUCGUCGAGGAAGUUCCCAAUGUAACCAAAGUGACAAGGGUUAUUCAGACGGAACCCUCUGUGACCAAGGUCACCAGAGUCAUUGAAGCUCAACCCUCCAUCACCAAGGUUACCAGAGUCAUUGAAGGUCCACCCUCCGUCACCAAGGUUACCAGAGUCAUUGAAGGUCCACCCUCCGUCACCAAAGUUACCAGGGUCAUUGAAGGCCCUCAGUACUCAGUCAGCACUGGCACCACCAACAUCGACCUGGAAGGAAUUGACCUUUCAACACUUAACGCUGAAGGGGACGCUGAACGACUUACCAAAAUGAUCCAAGCAGGCAAUACGAGAAGAACCUCUACUCGAAGAGUUGUAGCUGGCGGCAAGAGGAGGCCAAAGGAAUGAGCAUGGGCGGAUGAGAAUAUCGACGUUAUAAAGGCAGAGUGAGACACCAAACCCGGACGAUAAAAGUGAUGUUUUAAUACAGGGGAUACACUUAGAAUGUCAGUGAUUCCAAAUAUACUGUAACAGGUAUAUUUGACAAAAAUAAAACUAUUCUCAUAAACAAUUUAAUGGUGCUUUGAAUGUAUAUCUAGUAUGAGUGUGCAAUAUCUGGAAAGAGUUCAGGAUAUUCAAACAGAGUUUAAAUUAACGUUUUGGCAUGACUUUAAAGACACAGAGCAAGUCAAGGUAGCAAUAAAAUCCAAGCCAUUAGAGAAGUAAUAAAAACAUUUCAGUUCUAAAUUUCUCUGUGCAUUUGCUAGAGGUGAAGGUUAAAACAAAGAGAUUUUACUGGCUGUUUUGGAAGAUUUAUAAAUCUUAGCAUGAUAAACAUGAAAAAAUAGAGGGUUUGUUUUCAGGCUUAAACUGUUACAUUCUUUUAAUUUCUGUGGCUGUAAAGUGGUUAAGGUUUUGUGUAAAUUUUGUCUAUGCUUGUUUCAUGUGGAACGAUGUAUCCAACUCCAGGGUUUUUUCCUUUGUUUUUUAUUACAUCUUCCAAUAAAGUGCAUUCUUUAUAAACGUA